CCUGGCCCCGCCCCCUCCGUCAUCACCGCCCACAGUGUGACCUCACUGCCGACCUUAGACCCCCCCAGGGUGGUGAUGAGUGUGGAGGAGUUCUACUACGGAACGUUUGAGGGUGACCUGAGUCUGAGGAAGCCCCUCCCACUGGGGAUCAAAACAUCCACCUUCACCUGCCAGAUCUGCACUUACCUGGCCGAGAACAACCUGAGGUUGAUGCAGCACAUGCUCCACCACUCAGAGCUGGUUGGAGGAAGAGCAACAGGUGACGAGAGGAAGUGCUGCAAGUUCUGUUACCGACAGUUCUCCUCUCCAGCUCAGCUGCAGAGCCACCAGGAGCAGGUGCAUGGCCCCGCCCUCUCCUCCUGUUUGUGUCGUAUUUGUGAGUGGGCGUUUGAGAACGAGCCGGCCUUCUUGAACCACAUGAAGUCCAACCACAAACCCGGAGAGAUGCCCUAUGUCUGCCAGGUGUGUUCCUAUCGCUCGUCGUUCUACUCCGACAUCCUGCAGCACUUCGCCAGCUUCCAUAGAGACUCUCGCUUCCUGAUGUGUCUUUUCUGCUUGAAGGUGACCAGAAACCCCAUCAGCUACCAGCAGCACCUGUUGAGACACCAGAUGAACCAGGCCUUCCACUGUAACAGGUGUCGUCUUCAGUUCAUCUUCCUGAAGGACAAGAUGCAGCACAAACUGGAGAACCAUCGCAGCUUCCGUCGACCUGCUCAGCUUGAAGGACUACCACCGGGGUCAAAGGUAACGAUCAGGACUUACGGGAAGAUCCGGCCUUUGACAUUAGCAGGCAGCCGGCUGCUCCAGAGCCCCGCCUCCCUCAUCCAGCCAAUCAACAUCAAGACUGAGAAGUCUCCACUGCAGAGAAGCCCCGCCCUCCACAAGUCACCUAGAUCCCCAACCAAGAGACCGGUCGGCCGCAGAAUCCACGUCAACAGGUCUUCUGGUUGUGAUGGAGACCUCCUGCUGUGUUUGGAAUGUGGAACCAGGGUCCUGGACUUCUCGGCUCACUACCCGACUCACGUCCGGUGUCUGUUGUGUCCGUACAGCAGCUGCUGCUCCAGAGCCUACGCCUCCCACAUGAUCCAUCACCACGUUCCACAGACCAAAGACAGAGUUCUUCCUCUUCACAGACGUCCUCCUCCAUGUGUUUUCCUGCUGCGCUGCUCAAACUGUGACUUCAGCUCUCAGACUGCAGAUCAGAUGGCUGAACACCUGCUGAUGAACCCGGAGCACCACAGCGCCACCUGUCAGGCCAGAAGCUACAUUGAACCUGACAUCCAGUUCUGCCACAAUAAGGAGCAGCACCCUUCAGAAGAGAAAGAACCAGUCCAGAACAAGGACUUGCCCGAUCCGUCCUGGAGGUCAGCGGAUUGUUGGAAACUGCCGUCAGAGAGCGACGGCUCCACGUCCACCAUCGACCCGUUUGAGCAGAGCACUGGACCUUAUCACUUCCUGAACAAGAACACCGAUGCCAUUGACUACUUUCACCUGCUCUUCCCUUCAGAGCUCAUGGAGCUGAUCACCAACGAGACCAAUGCCCACGCUAAGACCUGCCAGUUCCUGGGCUCCGGCUUCCCAGACUGGAUCCCCGCCACCAACCAUGAGAUCAAAGGUUUCUUCGGCCUGGUCAUUCUGAUGGGGAUCCAGAACCUCCCCGACCCGUCGCACUACUGGUCUUGGAGUCACUACGACAACAGCUACACCUUCUUCCGCGCCAUGACCUUCAAACGCUUCAAGCAGAUUGCUACCAACAUCCGCAUGGGCAGCUUCACCACUGACGAGUUUCGUGGAACCGGCAAACCCUGCGACUCGCUGCACAUCUUCAGGCCGAUGCUGAAUAUUCUGGGAGGAGCCAUGUGGCACGCCUAUCAGCCGAACUGCUGCCUGUCCAUCGACAGGGCGCUGCUGCCCAGCCCCGAGGAGGGGAGCUGCUACGCCAAGCGAGAUCCAAAGACCCAGCCUCAGGUGUGGCUGCUCUGCGAUUCCAAGUCCGGCUACUGCCACCGCUUCUUCAUCCAGGUGGGGGAGAAGGUGGGCCAGGAGCAAGGCUUCACUGUGGUACCGGAGCUGGUGAAGGAUCUGGAGGACAAACACCACCAGCUUUACCUGGCUAGUUCACUUGCAUCGGUCCCGCUCAUGCAGAAGCUCCUAGACCAGGGCAUCUACGCCUCCAGCUCCUUCCCUCCACUCAACCCCAUACUACCCAGAGAGCUGUGGGAGGAGGGUCGGCUGGAGAAACCUGGGGACUUCCUGCAGAGACAGUUUGGCCCCCUGUUGGCCACCCGCUGGAGGGACACCAAAGAGAUGGGCUGCCUGUCAACCAAUGCAGCGCCAGGUGAACAGGACACUGUUUGGAGGAGGUCUCAGACCAAAGCGGGCGAACUGGACCCCAUAGACCGCCCAAUGGCCUUCUGCCUCCUGCAGGAGAACAUGCGAGGGGUUGACAUCUGCAAGCAGUUGCUGGCAUGCAACCCGCUGGGAGGAAUCCCCCAGGACCGGCACUGGCGCGGCCUCUUCUGGUUUCUGGUCAACCUGAGCAUCGUCAACGCCUUCAUCGUGCUGCGGGAGAGCCGCAAGGAGAACCCGCCGGCCUGGGUGCAAGACGGCCUUUUUACUCAGGUCAACUUCCGCAAGCGUUUGGGCAACCAGCUCGCCAAGUGUGCUCAGAACAACUUUGAGACCAUGGAGAUCGCCAGCUCCCGUGGGAGCAGGGCAGAGGCGACCGAAGCACCAGUUAAACAAAGACACCGGAUGGGGAAGAUCAGCAGCAUCUCAAAGAGGUGCAAGACCUGUCACUUGAAGAACCUCCGCCAUGAGAGUGUUUACGGCUGCAUCGUCUGCAGAGCAAACCUUUGCAAACAGCCGAGAUGCUUCUGGGAAUUUCACGGCUUGUCACCUCUAAACAAAGGAUCAACAAGAGUUGGAUUUAUCAAGGACAGAAUAAGUGGAGAAAUCACGGUGAAGGAGGUUGAGGACAACGUGGACGGGGCGAUGGCGCCGUUGGAGGACAUGGACUUUUCUGACGAUGAUCUGGUUGACAUUGAUGAUGACACUGAAGAUAUAAAGGAAGAAUAUAUCAAAGAAGUAAAAAGUCCAACGUCUCACCUGUCUUCAACAACGACCGGCCGCGCCCCACCAGCGACCACCUCGUCUUCCUGUAAAGAGCGGGAUGAUUUCCUGAGCGCCCGUCAGCUGAGGAUCGCCCUCUUCGCUCUGUGUGACGGACUUCGCCAAGCCUCAAAGGUGUUUGUAAUCGAGACGCAGCUCAUCCGGUCCUGGCUGAAGGAGGCCAGGAAGCGUUUGAAGUCAACUGGACAUCAGCAGAAGUCGGAUGCCGACGCUGGGGACCGCAUGGUGGCCUGGGUGCUGUCCAUGCGUGAGCAGCAGCUUCCGAUCACAGAGAGCAACCUCUUCCACAAAGCCUCCACGCUGAAGAAGAAGGGAGGUUUCAGUGACUCCUUCCGCAUCUCCUAUGACUGGGCGGUGAGCUUCAUGCUGAAGCAUCAGCUGGGCGUUCGGAGCAUCAGUAGGGCAGCAACGCUGGCUUGCACUUUGCCACUUUCCCUGGAGGCCAAGAUCAAGUCCUUCAAGGAUUUUACGCAGAAGGUCAUCCGGGUCAACAAGCUGUCAGAAGGCGCUGUGGCUGCGAUGGACGAGUUGUGUCUCUUUGUGGAUUUGAGGUUAGUUCAGGACAAGUCCCGCCGCUCGGAGGCCCUGGAGCUCACUGGGUCUUUACCUCUGGUCACUGUGUACCUGACGGUGCUGGCCGAUGGCACCAUGUUGCCGUCUGUGGUUCUGGCGAACCGGCAGCUGGCUGAGAGAGUCCUGCCAGAGUUCAUCCUGCUGGAGGCCGGACAAGAGAGUCUGUUAGUAGAAGAAGCCUUGGAUCUGUGGACUAACAAGGUUUGGCUAAAGCAUGUGUCCGGUCCAACUAGGCCCAGUAAAUCAAUGCUGGUCCUGGACCGACACCGGGAGCACAUGGGAGAUUCGUUCCUCACUUCCAUCAGCGGAUCGGGCACCCUGCCGGCUGUGAUCCCAGGAGGCUGCUCCUUCCGUCUGCAGCCCCUGGACAUUUGCGUGAAGCCGGUUCUGCAGCACUUCCUGUUGUCACGCUGGGCAAAUUUCACCGCCGGAAACCCGAAGGAGUUGGAGGAGACGUCACCACACCAGCUCCAAGCAAAUGUGGCCCAGCUGCUGGUUGACUGGGUGGUCGAGGCCCUGACGCACUUAAACAAACUCCCACAGCUUUGGAAGAAGUCGUUCCGUCUGACGGGCCUUCUGUCGGGGUGGAAAGAGGAGGACCAGGAGGUGGAGGAGGAGACAAUGAGUCCAGAGGAGAUCCAAUCAGACCUCCUAAAGACUCUGACGGAGACCCUGCUGGGGCCUGAAGCUUUGGAGGACGAUUAUCCUGAGCUGAUGGAGCUGGAAGACAAAGAGGACACAGAGGAGGAACAAGGAGAAGGAAAGGAGCUAUCAGAGGAGAAAAAGGAGCCCAAAGCAGGAGACGGGAAGGAGGUGAAAAAGGACAGGGAAGAGACCAGGGAGGAGAUUGAGGAGGAAGGGAAGGAAACAAAGGAAGAAGGUCAAUCAGAGGACACAGAAAAGGACACAAUCAAAGCUGUGGAAGACAUUAAGGAGACAGAGGACAAGUGUCGGCCAGAGGAACCAAAAAAGGACGGAAAGGACACAAUCAAAGGUUUUAAAGACAGGAAGGAGACAGAGGAGGACAGGAAACAAGCAGUUAAGAAGCUAGAGGAGGACAGCGAGGAGGAAGGGAAGGAGACAGAGGAGGACAGGAGGGAAGUGAGCAAGGAGAGACGAGAGACCAGGAUAGUGAUAGGAGAGGAAGUCGGUGAUGAGUGGAAGAUAACGGUGAAGAGCCGGACGGACGGCGUCGAGGACGACAGGAUGGACGAAAGCUGAGGAGAAGAUGAAGACAUGGACGUCCACACCUGACCACGGUGUCCCCAACAGGUGUCUGAUGGGACGUUUACCGCCGGGUAUCAUCCGUCAAAGAUGAGACAAACAAGUAGCAACCAGCAGACUGUGGCUCCGCCCAUAAACACACCUUACCAGGUGAGGAUAUAAAGCGCCCAGGUGAGCUGUUGAGUUGGUCCCAAUUAUUUAGUUUGAACUCCAAAUAAGUUGUACUUAUUGAUACGGUCCAGACGGGAUGCUGUUGGACUAGUGGACAUUAGAGGAACUGCAGCGGAGUCGGUUGAUGUACAGAUGGUGUAACCCCGAAAAGUGUUCGCUUAUGUUCUGAAGUUUUUGUUUUGAAGUUUUGGACAGAAUCUGAAGACAAUCAUGUAGUUUGAGCCAAUCAGCUAAUAUCCAAACGCAGGAGUUCUGAAGAAAGCUUCAUGAAUAACACCAAUCUGUGUGUUUAGGUCAUAGUUCUUACAUGAGACGACAAAUCUAAUAUCAAAAUAAUGAAACAUAAAGACACGCUGAUAUUCUUUAAAACACACUGGAAGACCAAAUGUUUGUGUGAUUAUAUUUUUUGAUAAACCAUAUCAGUCCACUGAGAUCUGAAAUACAAAGUCUGAGACAAAAGAGAAACUGUUGGUGUUUAAUUAAUGAAAUGUUUAAUUUUCACUGAUGAGAUUGUUUGCAGAUCUGAAGCUGCAGCAGCUUCCUGUCAAUGUUGUUAUGAUGAUGGAGACCGGCUCUGGAAGCUGAUUGGCCGGUCGGGAACAUGUGGGGGGGUAAUGUUAAUGUGUUGGAUCAUGUGACCAGAACAGACGAUGAAUGUUGGAGAUAUUUUGACGAAUAUUUGCCGGAGGAUCGUGUUUGAUCAGAAGAAUGUGACGGUGCUACAGAACAGAUGUUGUACAGAUGAUGAUGAUGAUGAUGAUGGAUUCUCUUCCUCAUUAAUAAAAUACAAACAUCUUCAUGUUUGGAACCUUUUAUUUUGAUACACGAAUCACCAGGGAUGAGAUUUCUACAGAUUUAUAUUUCAAUUUUCAACUUGAAAAUGUGAAAUCAGGCGGCAACGUUUUCUUCUUCAACACAGCGUGAUUUUCAUUUAGUAAAUGAUGUUCCAUUUAGAGUCAAACAAAAU